AGUUGUACGAAUAAACAUGUUCUGUUAUUUGCAGAUUUUAUAUAGAUUUAUUUUAUAGCCAAUGCGAUGCUGUUGGGAAGCGAAUGUAUCGCGAAAGCGCUUGCAUAUAACUGCUGCAUCGUUUUAUUUUUAUUACUUGUCUGCCAUCCGGACUCGUCUAUAUUUGCAGAGGCACGCAGGCGAGGUAGUUCAAAAUCAUACAGGUUCAGAAAUGGUCACCAGAAGUGGCGAGAAUCAUCGGUGUUUCGCCAUAGACUAUCUAACCCAAAUAAGGAUGAUUCAAAUCACAAAAAAAUUGACAAUUUUAUGCCGCAACGAGCGCGGCCAACGGUUGAUGCAAGAACUGAGCGAAUAAGACAAGCUAUUUUAACUCUGCCAGAAUUAUCAAAACUUCUGGAUCCGCUAAGACACGCGUCAAAUAUAAAUGAUAUAUUUGCACCAGCGGACAAUUUUCACCUUAUGGGUACAGUAAGACGAAGAAGAUUAUAUUGUCGUGUGGGAAUGGGAUAUCAUUUAGAAAUUCGUCGAGAUGGAAGAGUAAUGGGUCGCCAUCGACCAACUCGUGAUGGUAUUUUAGAAAUCUUCAGCGUGAAGACCGGUGUUGUGGGAAUACGUGCAGUUGCCAGUCAACGUUAUUUAUGUAUGAAUAAACGCGGAAAGCUUUAUAGUUCGUCUCAAUUUAUUCAUGAAUGUGAAUUUCGGAAAGAAUCGAAGAGAAUAAUUUUAAUACGUAUGCAUCAAACUCAUACAGCAUCACGAGAAACGAACUGGGUACUACAUGUCGCUGACAAAAAGAGGAAAAUCUAA